GAGGUGACGCGUCGUAGUUAUCAAUGUGCGAAUAACUAGUGAAUUUACUCAUGGUGGACCCGCUGAAAGUACUUUGGGUGUUGACUAACAGCACCUAUCUAGUGAGCAAGUUAUUCAAAUCCGGUGGAUCAGAAAGUGAAGACUCGCCGUACUUCGAGAAGUCUCUUUACACAGUUCAGGUGAAGGAAAAUGAGGAACUGCGCCAACCUAUUAUUGCUGUCAAGGCAGAAAACCAUGACGAAGCAUCGUCUGUACGAUACGAGAUCGCAGGCGGUAACGUAGGAGGUGUGUUUGAGAUCAACCAAGAGAAUGGAGCCGUCUCCCUUGGAGCCCCUCUGGACUACGAGUCUAGGAAAAAGUACGAUCUUCGAUUAUCGGUGACUGAUGGUGAGUCAGUGAGUUACACGACUCUACAAGUGACCGUGUUAGAUGUAAACGACCAUCCCCCAGUGUUUGAACACCCGUCGUACCGCGCCACUGUGCUGGAAGAAGAGAAAGAAGGGCUACCUGCGAAGAUACUGCAGGUAAACGUGACGGAUGCCGAUGUAGAUAGACCAAAGGAUGUUGUGUAUUUCCUCACUGGUCCGGGUGUGGAUGCUGACGAACCGUCCAGUGGAAAGUUCUCAAUAAAUAAAACCUCGGGAGAGGUAUAUGUGCUCAAGCCCCUGGACCGCGACUUGCCCCAUGGUCGGCCGCAGUGGAGGUUUACAGUGUUUGCUCAGGACGAGGGGGGUGACGGCCUUGUGGGGUACGCCGACAUCACCGUCAACCUUAAAGAUGUCAACGACAAUGCGCCUGUAUUCCCUCAGCCUCUCAGCGUGGCCAACAUAACUGAGAACGGCACAGCAGGUAUCAUAGUCCUAGCCAUGUCUGCAAUUGACUACGAUGACCCGGCGGAGGGUGGAAAUGCUCAAAUAGUUUACAACAUUGAGAAGAACGUGUUAGACGAAGAGACAGGAACGCCGAUUUUCACCAUUGAGCCAAGAUCGGGACUCAUUACGACAAAGAUAUGUUGCCUUGACCGAGAAAAAACUCCGGACUAUACACUACAGGUUGUAGCAAUGGACGGAGGAGGACUAAAGGGUACAGGAACGGUAUCAAUAUUAGUGACAGAUAUAAACGACAUGCCGCCAUCUUUUACCAAGGACGAGUGGACUACUGAGGUCCUCGAGUCACUGGAAGGGGAAAUACCUGACUACACUGUUUUAACUGUAAACGUUGUAGACCAGGACGAGAAUAACGACUUUUACUAUCACGUAGUGGAAGGCAGUGGACCUGGUACAGACAGGUUUACCAUGGUUCGUAAUGCAGAUGGCACUGGUUCUCUUAAGGUGGUAAAACCUUUAGACUUCGAGGAUCCUUUACAGUCGCAGGGCUUCCGGUUCAAAAUACAGGUGAAUGACCAGGGACCGAACAGAACCCAAGGGAGUUACCAUUCAGCGCACUCAUGGGUCGUGGUCAGACUGAUAGACAUAAACGACAACCCACCUAAGUUUGACAAGUCCAGUUCUGAGGUGUCACUCCAGGAGGGUGUGGCAUUGGGUACCCUAGUGGACAUCUUCCCGGCGAGGGACCCUGACCAGCGGGGACAGGCGAGGGUAGUGUACGGCAUCGGCCAUCGCAGUGAUCCCAGGAGGCACUUCCACAUCAGCCAGGAGGGGAGGGUCACCGUCCAACGUCCUUUGGAUAGGGAGACGACGCCGAUCCAUAAGUUGCUAAUAACUGCGAAAGACGAUGGGGAUCCUGCACUAACGGCAACAGCUACUCUCACUGUCAGAGUCUUGGACGUCAACGAUAACGCCCCACAGAUGUUGAAGGACUACGCCCCCGUGGUGUUGGAGAACUCUUCUCCAGGGGUCUUCCUAGAGGUCUUUGCCCGCGACGUAGAUGACUCCGCCAAGGGCAACGGACCUCCUUACACUUUUCAUCUGGACCCAGCGGCCAACUCAACCUUGGGAAGCUUGUUUUCUGUUGAACCUAAUCCAAUGGGGGAUGAAGGGCGAGGCACAGCCAUCAUAUCUACUCUCAAAACCUUGGACCGAGAACAACAGAAACUCUACCUUCUACCCUUAGUCAUUCAAGACUCUGGAGAUCCAGUGAUGAGUGCCACCUCCACUCUAACAGUCGUGGUCGGCGACCUCAACGACAACCCUAUGUCUCCAGGAAACACUCACAUACACGUCUACAGGCUACAGGGAAGUGAAAAGGACAUGGAAAUUGGUCGAGUGUAUACAGAGGACCCGGACGACUGGGACCUUCCGGACAAAACGUUCUCCUGGAUGUCCAAGGCCCCGGGAUUCCGUCUGGACCAGGACACAGGGGGACUCCGGAUGUCUAGGGACACUCGGCCAGGGGUACACCAUAUGUCUGCUAGAGUCAGGGACGCCAGACACCCUCUGAGACCAACUGUGGUCUGUAACGUCACCGUCUCCGUGGAAGACAUCUCUAAGGAAGACGUUGCUAACUCAGGGGUAGUCACUCUGGCUGGAGUCAGCGAGGUUAACUUUAUCAAGACUACUAACACGAGUCAACCAAGCCCAAUUGAGGCAUUUCGCGCCACAACUGCUAGUAUACUGCAGACUCGUACUUCUAGUGUCACAGUCUUCAGCAUCCAAAGCAGGGAUCGUUUCCCUCCUCAAACUGAUGUCAGAUUCUUCGUCAAAGAAAACUCAACAUACUUCAAACCUGUCAGAUUGCAUGGACUACUGCUGAUGCAUAGAUAUAUUUUAGAAAGUGCCCUUGGCUGUAGAGUGUCCUCUGUAGGAGAUUUCCCCUGUACCUCAGAGUCACUGUGUGAUGACGCCACAGGCUGCUCGUCCUCUGUCUCAGUGACGUCACUACCUCAUGUGGUUGACGCUAACUCCACCAUGGUCACUGGUCCUCGUCUAGACGUUACUGUGAGGUGUUCAUGUGCUGCAAGGGAUUACAUCACACGAUACAGCUGUAGUAACACACCUUGCCUCAACGGUGGUGUAUGUGUGGACACGAGGCAUGGCCCUAGAUGUACCUGCCCAGAGUACCACGACGGUCCACGCUGCCAGCAGUACAUCAAGGGGUUCCAUGAUGGCUGGGCGUGGUAUCCAGGUCUGCAGGUUUGUGGAAACUCACACUUGAGUCUGGAACUUCUGACUGACAAGAGCGAGGGACUGCUGCUGUAUAAUGGUCCUCUUGGUCCAACUAAUGGCCAAAGUCUUGUGACAGAUUUCAUCUCGCUGGAGAUUGUUGAAGGGUGUCCUCGACUGUUACUCGACCUUGGUUCAGGGACUGUUAAUCUGACACUUCCUACUAGGCUCGAUGAUGGAGAGUGGCAUCGCCUUGAUGUAUUCUGGGAUACUGAGGAGGUCCGGUUGCUGGCCGACCACUGUAAAGGACGCAACGCUACUUCCCCAGGUGACCGAAGUACGACCCCUUUGGACCGUGAGUGGUCUGACUGUCUUACAUCCACGUAUCUACCUCCGUUCAGCUCCCAGCUCAACGUUAACUCUCCCCUGCAGCUAGGAGGUUGGUAUGUACAACCCUUCCAGCCUAGAGAGUACAACUGGACCCAGGGACCCGAUGGAGUCAGCUUCCAUGGCUGCCUUCGCAAUGUUAUGUUCAAUGAAGAGAUAGUGGACCUUGCAGCCCCCGCACUGUCCCAGGGUACGCACUCUGGUUGUUCCCUCACCCAACAGCUCUGUAGCUCUAGCUGCUCACCCUGGAGCGAUUGUGAGGCAUCGCUCAGCGGAGGUUCUAAAUGUAGAUGUAGACCAGGAUACACUGGGUUGUCCUGCUCCUCGCCCACCGUCCCUGCUAGCCUGUUGGACCGAGGGUACAUAAAGUACGCCCUCAGCUUCGAGCCCGACCCGUACUCGACAACUCUGCAACUCAGGUUCCGCACCAGAGACCCUGCAGGAGAGUUGUUUAGGCUGGUCGACCAGAGGCAGAGGGAGUACAUUAUCCUCGAGAUAAACAAGAGGAACAUUCAAGCAAGGAUGAACCUCAAUAGCAUGAAGCCCAAGGAAAUAAUUAUUUCACUGUCGCAUGUUAACGUGUCUGACGGUAGAUGGCAUGUGGUUAAGAUGGUACGACACGGGUCUUCCAUCUCUCUCCGGCUCGAUGGAGGAGAAGGUAGAAAUAUCAACGAGAGCUUUGUGUUUACUGGGCAUCAGCUGAUAACUGUUGAUAAGCAAGAGGGUGUUUAUGCGGGAGGACCACCGGAGCAUAUGGCGGGGAAAAAUGUCGUCUUAGCCUAUCUCAGUGAAGGUUGUCUGGACGAUGUUCGACUAGAUGGUCACCCCCUCCCACUACCUCCCUCUACCAACGGGUCCCAGUGGGCCCAGGUGGCCGCCUCCCAAGGUCUAGAGGCUCACUGUCACUCCAGGAAUGUCUGUGUAGACGUCAAAUGUCCCGACACGUACCUGUGCCGAGAUACAUGGAACGAUUAUGUCUGCGAAUGCGGUGAGGGCAAGACUGUUUCCCUGGACGGCAGGAUCUGUGAAGACAUAGAUGAGUGCCUAGGUUCUCCAUGUCUCAAUGGAGGUGUCUGUGUGAACCAAGACACUGGGACGAGGUCCUCCUUGGGGUAUCGCUGUGACUGUCCAGACGGUUUCUGGGGUCAGAAAUGUGAACUGCUGCAGGAGAGACAGUCCAUGAGGAUUGGACUUGGAGCCCUAUUCACAAUUGUUGGCUGUGUUCUUUUUAUACUAGUUCUAAUAGCUUUAUUCGUGGCGUACACACGACGCCGAGAUGCCACUUCCAUCAAGAAGACCUCUGAUGAUGACGUCAGAGAGAAUAUCAUCAGUUACAAUGAUGAGGGUGGAGGACAAGACGACCUCAACGCUUUCGAUCUUCUCCCGCUCAACUCGUCCGCACCCGGCAAUGCGGCAAUGGUCAGGACGAGCAACAAAAAACUUCAAGUGCCCGAGUUGAUAGAAGAGACUAGCCUAGAGUCGAGGAUAGAAGGAAGGCGUAAACGAGAGGACGUUGACCCCAGCGAGCCAAUGGGAGACGACUUGAGGAGUUACGCUUUCGAGGGAUGUUGUGAAAGUGUUGUUGGGUCUCUGUCGUCGCUGGAGUCUUGUGCAGACCCUGACGAGCCAGUCAGGUACGUCAUGUUGGGUCCAAGGUUUGCCAGACUGGUCAGCAUAUACUCAUCUGCACAAACUCAAUCUACAACGGAGGGUGUCUUAGAGGCAACUGUAUAGUGAAUAUUCCUAAUAUUUGGAUACAUCAAAUUGCUUCAAACGUUAAAAUGAUCAAAAGACGGAUGUGCUUCAAUUUUAAACUCCUCUUUGGAUUUUAUUUUACUGGGGACACUUAAUGAAUACAUAUAUUUUACUAUUAGAUCAUUGAGUUUUAAGUAAAUUAAUAGUACUUUAUUUUACAACUACUACCUAUGUAAACUACAAAUUAUUAAUUACUUUACGAAUAAGUUCGCAUAAUUUGAUAUCUCAGCGUAUAUUCUCGUUAAAGGUGAUGUUGUUAAGGUCAACAAAUGUUAAAUUAACACAUGUUUGAGCUGUAAUUUAAAAAUCUAUAUCUUGUUAACUUCAACAAAUAAAAUAAAAAUUGUAAUGUUUCAGCUUUAAUUAUUGAAAGGUUUUCUCGUGUGCGGUUGAAACAGUGCUACUACUAUUUUUAAACAAUUCAUAUUUCAUAGUUUGAUAUAUAAUCUGAUUAUAAAUUUGAAAUGUGUUCAAACAAUAAAAAAUAGACAAGUAACCAAACAGAUUAAAUGGAAUAAACAAUGUGUUGAAAUUUGUUUACUUCCUGCAUGAAAUGCAUUAUUACAAUGUUUGAAAGAAUGUAAUUAUGUAAAUAUAUUCUGUAAAAUAAUGUUUGUAACAUUUAAA